GUAUGUAGUCGGAGUAUAGACGACCUGGUCUUACCACACUCCUUAUUAAGUCUUCAUCGGUACAACUGCGAGCUGGUGCACGAGAGCGGAAGCAAGGCAUGGGGAGUGAAAAGCAUGGCUUCGCCGUCGACUCGGCUUCUAGCAAUGUCUGGCCGCCACCGUCCUCCACGUCAACCGUCCAGUGUGGACGGGAGCCCAAGCAUCUUCGACCGCGAGGCAUCCGAGCUCGCAUCUGGUCGAUUCCCAUUGUGAACUGGACCGGGCACCUGUAUGCAUACGCAACGGGAAGUCCUUCGAAUCCCUGGGUAAGAUCGAAAGGGCAGAACAGACGGUCCUGGACUAGAUCAUUGAUCCGUCUGGGCCCACUAUCUGGCAUGCUGGCCUUGCUUUCGGCGGGACUGGCAAUCAUCGCAUCACUUGGCGUACUUGCAGGCUCCAAUGGUUCUCCAGUUGCAACCUGGCCGACUCCACCAUCAACAUUCAUAGCCGUCUUCACCGCGCUGGGGAAUCUGUCGGUGCGUUAUGCUGCUUUCCAGGGCGUCGUUAUCACGUGGUGGCUCAAGGCUUUGCACGGCUCCACCGUAGACAGUUUGCACUAUGACUGGCGUGCAGGCACGAGUAUCCGCGGUGCAAUCACAGCCGGUCGGCGAAUGGGCUGGCUAGGCGUCGCAUGCAUCUGCUCAACCCUGGUGGUGAUUGAUGGCCCGCUCCUGCAACGUGCUUCUACGGUCGUGGAUGCCCCAUUUUCCCAUCGCGUCACCCUGAACACCACAAUGGUGUCCAACCUUCCCAUCGGCUAUUCUGGUUCCUGGAAGACCAUGUCAGGUACUUCUACAUUGCCAUCGUUCAACGAGACAAUGCCAGCUCCGAGCGGCCAUGUUGCUACCAACGUCUAUCUAUCCAGUCCUCCUAAUGCUUUCGAUGGAACAUCCGAUCACUGGACAAAAGACGAUGGAUAUGCCGGAGUCAUUCGUGGAUGCACAGGCGAGUGCACCGCCAAACUCAUAGCUCCCGCCGUAGCAGUGAAAACUUGCGUCACGAGGUCGUCGCCGCGAGAUUACAAUACGCCAUUGCCCGCUCAAGACGAGGUCGGAGUCGACACAUCAGCUGUACCUUGGGAGACCAACGCCUUCAUCGUUGCAACCAUGCUCGUGGUCGAUGGCCCACAGGAACAGAUCAAUACUUUAAUCGGGUAUUCCACCACCAAGGACUGUGUUGGGAACUUUACUUACACCGUUUGUACCCUCGAGUCUGCCGUCGGGGAGUACGAGGUAUCUGUCCGCGGAGACACGACAUACAUCGAAUCGGCCGAGAGCCCCAAGAUUCUUGCCAUCGCGGACGCACCCGUGAUUAAUGAGACCUACCAUGACGGACUCCACUGGUCUACCUUGGGCGGCGUUGCGGACCAGAUGAUACUAUCAUGGGAGGCCUUCCAAACCCUGAUCAACGUCAACGGUACGAUGACCGCGAUAAGGAAUGGGCCAGCGGACGCCGAAGCCUUCAUCACGCCGAGUGCGACCGGGGGUGCCUGUCCAGAUUUCCUCAAUGCGACCAACGCAUAUAUGGCCAGCUUGAAUAAACUCAUGGUGUACUACGGCUUAGCGGCCGCUCAAGGAGUGCGUUGGGGAACCUUCGUCCCGCCCGAGACACACUCCAAAUACCCGACACAUGCGACAACGACAGGAGAAGUUACAGGCGUGCGGAGCGUCUUCCGCACAACAUACGCCUACUUUGCAGGCGCCGUUGUGCUGGAGCUCAUGUGCAUCUGUCUCAUCGCGCCAACAUACUGGGGCUGGUGGAAACUCGGCCGAUCCGUGUCAUUUUCGCCGCUCGAGAUCGCAAAGGGAUUCGAGGCGGCGAUUUUGGCCGACUCGAACUCGAAUGCCACGGCCCGAGACCUGGCUGAUACAUAUCUAGACCAGCCCAUUCGAUACGGAGCGCUGUCCGCGGACGGUAAUGGCGGAAGAUCCAGACUGGCUUUUGCCGGCCCUGAUACGGCGCAUGCGCCAGAGCAGAGAUCCUAUUAUGAUGCAUGAGCUGAUGUAAAGGACGAAUGGGGAUAUACGACGGGAGGAACACUCGGCCGUAAAGGCGACGUGCUUGAUCAUCAAGGGUCGACCGUGCAUUCGUCAGCGAGAUCUCCACUGGACAAGGGGAUUCCGACGCUUUACAGAGAUCUGAAUGCCACGAGAACCUUUCCAUGGCCUUUGUGCACGCAUAACACUGCACAAGGGCGGCGUGUGGUGCCAAAGCCGUGCACAAAGACGGGUGUGGCUUGCUUAAGGUUCGGGAGGCGCAGCCCGAGGGCCGAUCUUCCGAUUUAUUCCAUGCACGACGUCAUCACUCUUUGCAAGUCGGAUGUUUUUGCAGCGUUUCUGUCCGCCGAGGAUGCGAAGAACGGUUGGGGAACCAACCCGAGCUGGGCAUAACUAGGAGAUGUGAAAUGGAAGAUGCCUCGGCUGGCUGCAAUGAAAUCGCGUCG